GGUGUUUGAGUUGAGGUGUCCGACGCAUCAUGAAGACGCCUGCGUAUUCCUUCAGCCGGGGGUGGUGUCAAAUCAGGGAAGUGGGCGUGGCUUCCGGGGACGCCUGCGCGGUGCUCCUUCAACUGGGGGUGGGGCGAGCCAAGAACUGGGGUUAGAAGGCGUGGCCUUAGAGGCGCCUGCGCGGAGACGGUUGGAGGGAGGCCCGAUUCCCCUUUGUUCGGGUUCGCCAUUUUGCGAGGCAGCGGCAGUGGCGGCGGCAGCGGCGGCUGGAGCCUCUGAUUGGGUUUCGGGGUCCGGUACUGGAGCCAAUCAGCGCGGGCAGCGAACCGGGGGAGCGAGGCACGGAGCGAAGCUCACAGUCUCCUAGCAUCUCCCGAGCGAAGCCCGCUGUGGACGGGAUUCUAACAUGGAGCAGUACACAGCCAACAGCAGUAGUUCCACAGAGCAGAUUGUUGUGCAGGCUGGACAGAUUCAGCAGCAGCAGCAGGGUGGUGUCACUGCCGUCCAGUUGCAGACUGAGGCCCAGGUGGCAUCCGCCUCAGGCCAGCAAGUCCAGACCCUCCAGGUAGUCCAGGGGCAGCCAUUAAUGGUGCAAGUCAGUGGAGGACAGUUAAUCACAUCUACUGGCCAACCCAUUAUGGUCCAGGCUGUUCCUGGUGGGCAAGGUCAAACCAUCAUGCAAGUACCUGUGUCCGGGACACAGGGUUUGCAGCAGAUACAGUUGGUCCCACCGGGACAGAUCCAGAUCCAGGGGGGACAGGCCGUGCAGGUGCAGGGCCAGCAGGGCCAGACCCAGCAGAUCAUCAUCCAGCAGCCCCAGACAGCCGUCACUGCCGGCCAGACCCAGACACAGCAGCAGAUUGCUGUCCAGGGGCAGCAAGUGGCACAGACUGCUGAAGGGCAGACCAUUGUCUAUCAGCCAGUUAAUGCAGAUGGCACCAUUCUCCAGCAAGUUACAGUCCCUGUUUCAGGCAUGAUCACCAUCCCAGCAGCCAGCUUGGCAGGAGCCCAGAUUGUUCAGACAGGAGCCAACACCAACACAACCAGCAGCGGGCAAGGGACUGUCACUGUGACACUGCCUGUGGCAGGCAAUGUGGUCAAUUCAGGAGGGAUGGUCAUGAUGGUGCCUGGGGCUGGCUCCGUGCCUGCUAUCCAAAGAAUCCCUCUACCUGGCGCAGAGAUGCUUGAAGAAGAGCCUCUCUAUGUGAAUGCCAAACAAUACCACCGUAUUCUUAAGAGGAGGCAAGCCCGGGCUAAACUAGAGGCAGAAGGCAAAAUUCCAAAGGAAAGAAGGAAAUACCUGCACGAGUCCCGGCACCGUCAUGCAAUGGCACGGAAGCGUGGUGAAGGUGGGCGGUUUUUCUCUCCAAAGGAAAAAGAUAGCCCUCACAUGCAGGAUCCCAAUCAAGCGGAUGAAGAAGGAAUGACACAGAUAAUCCGAGUGUCCUAACCCCAGGUCAUGUGAUGGAGGUGAUCAAGGUCACGUCCUUGCCACUGUUCCAGGAAAUUGAUCAACUCUUCCAGUGGGACACUCACGAUCAUGUUCUGUCCUUUUCUACAGGACAGAGACCACUUAGUUUUUAAUAAGUGGAUCAGUAUUAUAAUUGCAGCAAUGUCUGGCAAUUUGAAGUUGCAAGCCUUUGUCUCACCUUUUCAAUCAGAGCCUAUUUCAGACUGUUGAUGACACGGUGACAUUUCAUGGUUUAGGAUGAUGGACAAGGGACCCAUGCCAGCAGUACCAAACACAGCACUUAUAUCAACUGAUGAAGCAGGUCACCCCUCACAGCAGGGGAGAGCAACCUUCUCAAACUACAAACAAGGAAGCCACAGCCCACUCCUUCCCAUGGGAAUUUGGUUAGACAGCAUCCAUCCCUCUGGUGGAGAUUUCAGUCUAACUGAACAGACACUUUGUAUUCAGAGGUGGCUUCUGGGCAAGGAGGUUCCAUCUUUUGGUAUGGAAACAAUAAAUUCUCUGAGAUACAUUCAUCUAAUCUGUGGUAAUAAUAAGAAUCUUCAUCUCCCCAGAUGGUAGGUUGGUAUUUUUGGACUUCGGCCAAGAAAAAGCUAUCUGUGGAUUGAAUGAUGACAGUCUCAGGCACUUAAAUACAAUGCCGAAUCUCUGAUUGUAGCUUUGACAAGUCAUAAUCUGUUUGUCCCUCUAUUGAGAGGUCCUUUGGACCAUCCAUACUUCUUACCUAUGGCUACUUUAAGACAAAUUUAGAGGGUAUUGGACCUUGAAGCUGCCUUUUCGAAGAAACAAAACUGUUUAACAAGUAUCUGUGCUGAAGUGCUUGAGGACAUUUGUAGUAUCUUCCAAAAAGAGCUUUUCAAGCAUAGGCUUUAUGAUAGCAUUUGGAGAAUAGAAGGGUUCGUAUGUGUUUCAGCCUAAGAGAAAAAGAGUAUUAUACAUACCCAUGUCUUGUCAAAUAGCAUGAUUCUCCAGUGGAUACCUGGGGUGAAUCAUUAAGAUGAAGACAAUAAUUUAUAUUCACAUUAAAACCUUUCAGUAAGCACGGAAAGGGAAAAGUCUGGGAUUUAGUCCUUGACAAUUUCUGGAAAGCACUCUUCAGUAAAGCUGGCCUGGACAUAUCCAAGGUUUCCUGCUAGAGCUUGAGGUGGAUCUUGGCUUCACUCCUACAGUGUUUUGUGCUGGCCCCAGAGAGCAAAUAUUCUCAUUCUUCCCAUGGCAGCUGAUUCUUUGGUGUCCCACUCUUUUCCCCUUUCUCCAUAGGCCUUGUGCAGAAAGGUUUUCACACUGCCUCUGCACUCUGGGGAUAAACUGCAGACUGCAAAUAGGAAUUCCUGCAGGGUCAGGAACUGAGCCACAGUUCGCAGAAUGGGUGGUGCCUCAGAAAUCUAUUUCUUCUCUAAAAGUUGAACCCUGGGAAAACUAAGAUAUUCCAGAAGAGUUACUGCCUUCUUUGGAACAAAGAAAGAAAACCCAAUUCUUCUGAAGAACGUUAGGGUUGAUUUAAUACCAAGAAUAAAGAUUGGCUUUUUGUUCUUUGACUUCACUCUAAUUGUAUUUAGAGGGAAAAGAUAUUAAACACUCUAAGGAAAAUGUCACAAAGGCAAUUAUUGUAAUGAUUGAAGUAGGUACAGAGCUAUGCAAAGGAAGCAGGAAGUGAAAUUCUUCUUAGUCCCCGAAAUCUAGUAAUCUGUCCUAGCUCCUAGAUGUCAGGAGGGGCCGGUCCUUUGGUAGGCUCACUAGAAACUUGUGGCUCUUUACAUUGAGUUUCAGAUAUUAACUUUAUUCAGUAUACCCCCUUUUUAAAUUUUUUUGUUGGAUAAUAGGUUACUAAAAUUGAGGAAUUUAUAUUGUUUAGUUUAGGAGUCUUUAUUUUAAAACAGUUCAGAAAUUCCUCAGACGUAAUCUCUAGUGCUUAAGCCAAGAACAGUUCUAAAAUGUUAUUUAUUUGUGUAAGUUUGUACAUAAUACUAUCAACCUCAUUUUUUUUUUUUUUUUUUUUGAUGAGUUUGAAUUUUGUUUUAUUGAAAAUGAAAUGCUUCAGUUAUUUUGUUACUGCAUUUCAGGUAACUCGUGACCCUUUCAUUAUGGUCACUUUAGCAUACCCAGUAGCCCACAAAGUAGGGGAUUUGAGGUUUGGGUUCUUUAUUUGUAACUAGAAGUUCUUUUACUCAUUUGUCCUUGUGACUGUAGUGAUGACUUGAGUGCAGAGUGAGGGAUGAAUGAAUAAUUGGUUUAAUGCACAGUACUUCACCUCUUGAGUGCUCUUUUUUUGCAGGAUAAUUGUAAAUGUAUAUAUUUUUAAUUGCACUGGUAUACUGAACAUGUCAGUGUCUAUACCACUGGACCAACAGAGCAUUUUCUGGCUAUUAGGUGCCCGAUAAUAAUGUCUUGAUUUUCCUUUGGGACUCAACUAUAUAGGUUUUUCCCCCAGCAGUCGGGGAGUACAGGUGAUCGAUCAUUGAUGUCAUUGCAAUUGUUAUUUUUUAAAAUAAAUUUAUAAAAAUACUAUAAAGUAACUUGAAUUUUGAGGAGUCUUCAAACCCUGGGUUUUCAGUAGGUUGUGUUUGAGUGUUGACAUUGUAAUCUGUAGACUGGCAUGUAUGUGAUCCCUGUGGACCAUUUGGGAGGGGAGGGGGGAACAAUUGCCAUGGAGUCCAUUCUGACUCAUGGUGACCCCAUGUGUAUCAGGGUAGAACUGAGCACUAUAGGGUUUUCAAUGGUUGGGAUUUUUCUUAAGUACAUUGCCAGGCCUUUAUUCUGAGCCUCGGUGGACUUAAACCACCAACCUUUCAGUUAGUAGCCCAGCACAUGACUGUGUACACCACCCAGGGACUCAAAUCCCUGUGGACAGUAUGUCCAGGCCUCUUAGCUGUAUCUCUUCCCUUAAUCUUUUCCUUCCCUUUUUGCCCCUUCUACUUGCUGACAUUUCUGUCACCUGUGUGUUGAAGAUACUUGGUCUUACUACUACUAAAAAGCUACUAGGGAGUGCUAAUUAAAAUAUGAUGUAAUUCCAAGCCCUGGUGGCAGUGCUUAAGAGCUCAGCUGCUAACCAAAAGGUGUAAGCAGUUCAAAUCCACCAGCCAUGCCCUGGAAAUCCUAUGAGGCAGUUAUAUACUCUGUCCUUGUAGGGUUGAUAUAAGUUGGAAUUGAUUCGAUGGCAACGGGUUUUCCGUUUGGUAGUAAUUCCAUGCAUAAAAUUAGCCCUUUUCUUUAAAAAAAAAAAAAGAAAGAAAGAAACAGUUGCCAUCCAGUCACUUCGACUCAUAGCAAUCCUGUAGGAAAGAUCAGAACUGCCCCACAGGGUUUCCAAGGCUGUGAAUCUUCACAGGAGCAGGCUGCCACGUAUUUCUCCCGCCAAUUGCCAAACUUUUUGGUUAGCAUCCCAGUGUUUCACCACUGCACCACCAGGGUUCCUUCCCUUUAGUUGUAACAAAAACAUCCCUGGGUUAUAAGGUGUUUAGAUCUAAAGAUAGCGGAGACGAUUUUUUGGAAUUCCUCAGAAAACAAACUUUGCUGAUAGUUAAAAAUCCACAACAUGCUCAUCCCUUCUGGUCUCCAGGAAUCUGAGUCAACCAAGACGGGCAGCCUCAAGCAUGCCGUUAUCCAGCAGGAGUCACAGAACCAGAAGCUGGAGAAAGUUCCUGGGGCGGGGCAAUGUCAUAAUGAAGCGCAACAGAGCUGUCCCCGCUAAAAAAAAAAAAAAAAAACUACCAAGGAAAAAGACUAA